AGUCCUGCAGAUCAGUCCAAUCAUGGUGACCGGUGUCUGGAUGGUGUUUCUACUGAUGGCUGAAGCUGUGUCUUCAGAGAUCAUCACGGUAUCAGCUGGUGGAGACGUCCUGCUGCCGUCCGGUCUGCCGACUCAGCUCCAGGGAGAUGUCCGGUGGACUCAUCGUCAUCUGCUGCUCAGAAAGAACCAAACCUCAGCGUGUCUUCAUGGACGCUGCGAGCUGCUGAGAGACGGAUCGCUGAGGUUCAGCCGAGUUCAGACCGGAGACGGAGGAAACUACACCCUGGAGGUGUUUGAUGAAGGAGGGAAGCUGCUGCAUAGGAAGGACUUCCUGCUGCAGGUGGAGGAUGUGAGCAGCAGCAUCAAGAGUUUGACCUUCAUCUUGUGCCUCCUCCUGUCCUUCCUGCUGCUGCUCCUCAUCGUCAUCUUCAUCCUGAGGAGGAGGAGUCAGAGGACGACCAUCACAGGUGUCAAGGAGGAGAACGUCUACAUGGUGAUGCAUGGUCGCCGCGGCAACAAGGAGGAGAACAUCUACUCAGUAAUGCAUGGUCGCCGAGGCAACAAGGAGGAGGAGGAGGCAAAGCAGGAGAAAGAGGCGGAGUCUCUCUAUGUUCCCUGUCGUGCUCCUGGAUCCAUGGAAACAAAAAUCACAGUGGAGGACGAAGACAUCUAUGUGUGAUGACCAAUCACAGCUGAUGCCAUCCAACACCUGGAUCACCUGACUUUCAUCUGACCUUCUGAGCUCCUUCAGGUUCCUCCAGCUCUUAUCCUUAACUCUGUGAAAUUUUACCUUCAGAAUUCAGAAUCACUUCUAUCAGGUUUAUCCUCACAUUUAAACCUGAGUCUGAACAACAUCUGAGGAACCAUUAAAGAUAAAACCUGAAAUGUUGUGUUAUUUAUCAUUUUUGAUCCAGAAUUAUUAUUGAUCUAGAAUCAGUUAUGGAUCCAGACUCAUACAAUACACUCUAAGAAAUUUCCCUGUAAGUUUACAGUAAAGAGCUGGCAGCUAAAGUUGCCAGCAGCGCACUGUUAUUUUACAGUAAUCCUACCGUAUUCUACAACAACAGUUUAAUACUGUAAAAAAUAUUACGGUAUUAUGCUGUUUAGAGAGCUAUUUCCUGGGGCUUUCAAAAUGAAAGCCCCGGGAAAUAGCAUAGCAUAGAAAUGGCUCAGACAAGAGAUGACUUUUCAACAUUAAGCUUUUAUUAAAGCCAACAUUGUAUCAAACAUAGUUCAAAAAC